UCAUAUGACCGGUCACGUGAUUGUCAGGAGGCAGACACAACACAGCUCUAGACUUUGGGAUUUAACGCCGUUAAAACUUUUUUAUUAUGAUAUUGUGAAGAAACAGACCUGAGCAGAGCCGUGCGCACCGGGACCAGGAACGAACCGGGGCUCCAGAGUGGGACCAACCUCCAGAUGAAUGAACACUCUACCAACUGAGCUACAGACGCCCACAGUGAAGACAGAAUAAAAUGUUUUGCUGUGGAACCUACCUGGACACCUGAGGGAUUACACAGAUGUUUGGUCAUGGUGAUUCCCAGUCUGGUUUGGCCCGUGCACCUCUGCACUUUUAGGCUGCGUGGCGCCCCCUGUGGGGUUGUGUGUGCCAUGGCGUCUGCCGUAGAGCGCACAGAUGAACUGGUCAGAGAGUACCUCAUCUACAGAGGCUUCACCAACGCACUCAAGCACCUGGACAGUGACCUGAAGGUUGACCGGGACAAGGGCUUCAGGGUGGACCGUAUCAUGGAGCACCUGCAGCAGCUGGUGCAGAGCUUCGACCUGGCCGGGCUGCGGGAGUACUGGGCCUACCUGGAGAAACGGUUGUUCAGUCGCCUGGAGGAUGCGUACCGCUCGACUGUGAACAAGCUCCGCACCAGCCUGUACCGCUACUACGUCAUCAGCACAGUGCAGAAGGGGAACCUGGACAAGACCCAUGAGUUCUUCAUGAAGCAGGGGGCGGAGCUGCAGGGUCAAAUAGAGUGGCGUGAUUGGUUCGUGCUGCCGUUUCUCCAGUCCCCUGAGCAGAACCCGCUCUUUGCUCCGUACUUCUCUCGACAGUGGGCUGAUACCUUCCUGGUGUCGCUGCACAACUUCCUGUCCGUGCUCUUCCAGUGUAUGCCUCAGCCCGCCCUGCUGAGCUUUGACGCUGAGGUGCAGAGGAUGACCAGUGUGAGCGAGGAGAACGAGCAGCUGCGGCAGAUGCUCUUUGCUCUGCAGAUGGAGUCCCGGGAGCAGGAGGAGCCAGGCCUGGUCCAGCACAAGCUGCCUGCAUACGUCCAGAAUACAGACCGUCUGGGAGACACUGAGCUGGAGCUGGUGUGGAGCCAGCGCACACCCCACACCACCCCUCCCUCCAGAAACUUCUUCUCCACGUUCCUGCCCCAGGGCCGAAGGCCCCCAGGACGGCCACACAGCUCUGCUAUAGCAGCGUCCCCCAGCCAGGCCGCUGUGGGCCGCAAGGAGCCACUGACCAGCCAGAAAUCAAAGGAGUGUGGUGCUGUUAAAGAGGUGAAGCAGACGAGCUCCACAGAUGCUCCGUCCUCCCAGGCUCCUGCCCAGAGUUCAGGGCCCCUCAGCCAGGCCAGCACCCAGCCCGCCGUUCAGCCCACCGCUCAGCUCACCACCCAGACCACCACCCUGACCACCACCACCCAGACCACCACCCAGAGGCACCGCAGGGUCCAGGAGCAUGAGAAGGAGAGGAAGGAGCUGUUCACCAAAGCAGCUCCACAGACCCCAGAGAAGAAGGGGGGCAGUGAGCCGGACAGUCCCCCUCAGGAGCCCAGCCGAGGGGCAGCACAGGGAGGAGGAGGAGGGGGUGUGGCUUUGGAGCAGCCCUUCAUCAAACUGAGCCAAGAGGAGUAUGGAGAGCACCACUCCUCCAUCAUGCACUGCAGAGUGGACGCGUCUGGGCGCAGAGUGGCCAGCUUAGACGUCGAUGGGGUUGUGAAGGUGUGGUCAUUUAACCCCACGAUGCAGACCAAAGCCACCAUCAUGUCCAAGUCUCCACUGCUGUCCCUGGAGUGGGCCACCAAACCGGACAGACUGCUGCUGUUGGGGAGUGGAGUGAGCACUGUGCGUCUGUACGACACUGACGCCAAGAAGAACCUGUACGAGAUCAACAUCGAUGACACUCACCCACGGAUCCUGUCCCUGGCGUGCAGUCCGAGUGGUUCGUCCUUUGUGUGUUCGGCUGCAGCUCUGUCUCGCUCUGGGGGGGCGGAGACUCGUCGCGUCCCUGUCUCCGUAUCCGGACAGCUACUGCUCUGGGACACCAAGACAGUCAAACAGCAGCUGAGGUUCUCUCUGGAGCCGGACCCUGUGGCCAUAAACUGCACAGCCUUUAACCACAACGGCAACCUGCUGGUGACUGGGGCCGCUGACGGGGUCAUCCGCCUCUUUGACAUGCAGAGGUACGACUGUGCCAUGAGCUGGAGGGCACAUGACGGAGAGGUGUACAGUGUGGAGUUCAGCUAUGACGAGAACACUGUCUUCAGCAUUGGAGAGGACGGCAAGUUCAUCCAGUGGAACAUCCAUCGCUGUGGGGUGCGACAGUCAGAGCAGGCCCUGUCCCAGGAGGCCACAGGGCCCUUCGUCCUAUCCGGAUACAGUGGAUACAAGCAGGUGCAGGUUCCUCGUGGUCGGCUCUUUGCCUUUGACUCUGAGGGACAGCACGUGCUGACCUGCUCCAGCUCCGGAGGGCUCAUCCACAGGCUGACCGGUGGGGAGGCAGGGGCCCUGGACACAGUGCUAUCUCUGGGGGGACACAGGGCUCCAGUGGUCACAGUGGACUGGUGCUCCGCCCUGGACUGUGGUACCUGCCUGACCGCCUCCAUGGAUGGGAAGAUCAAACUGAGCACGCUCCUGGCCCAGAAGUGCUAACCACACACACACUCACACGCAUGCACACACGCACACACUGAAGCAGGAGAGCAGGAGCCUCCUCAAGAUGGAGUCUUGUGACAUGGGGGUGAACUGGAUAAGUGACAGUGUAUCAUCUAAGAGAUUUAACAUUCCAGAGUGUGUCUUUUAGAGGAUCAGCUCAACUUCUAUGCAGCAGUAGAAGAUGGAACAUCCACUCAGCAAACAGAAGUGACAUAUCAUGCAUUGUACAUACUACCCAAUGUGGAAAUAUGUUUUUUUUUUUAUUUGUCUUUAUCAUUUGAAAACACAUUUUGGGGGACCCAAGGAAGAGGUGCAUAGGGUUCAUAGUUCUGUGCUGCUGCACACCGGGUCUCUCUUGAGUGCAUGUUCUCACUGUGUCUGAGUGGAAUUCCUCUGGGCCCAACACAUGUACAAUAGGUCAAAUCCUCCAGCUAAGGUAGUCCUGACCAAGACCAGCUCAAGAUCUGGAGAUGGGUCCCCGACUGUGAACUGCCCAGUGGCAUUAAAGGAUGGGUCAAAUGCAGAGGACAUUUUUCCCUAUGGGGACAAUAAAGUGUAACUUAACCUUAAACGUAGUGCAAAUACAAUAUACACUGUACAGUAUUACAGCCUUAUCGUGUGUAUUAACAUGUAAGUCAUCGCUGUCACUGUUUGUGUUCAUUUAAGUAAAUAAAGCAAAGAUCCAGUAGUGAAA